GCAUGCAAUGCAAUUUGCCUUCUAGCCCAAGUUGCCCUUAGUCAUGGACUUGACCAUUUCUUCAUUGCUCUUCUUUGCUCUUCUCACCUCAAGUGCCAUAGCCACUUCUCCCUGUGCUUCGCCGCCUGACAACUCGGAUCUGUCGGUCAUCCACAUCUAUGGCAAGUGUUCACCGUUCGACCCUCCCAAGCCUGAGUCGUGGCUCAAUACGGUCCUUGACAUGGCCUCGAAGGACCCGGAGCGGGUUGAGUACUUGUCGACCCUAGUAGCCCAAAAGACCACAUCCGUACCUAUUGCUCCGGGCCAGCAGACCAUAAACAUUGGCAACUAUGUGGUCCAGGUCAAAAUUGGCACCCCGAGCCAACUCAUGUAUAUGGUCUUAGACACGAGCAACGAUGAGGCAUGGGUCCCGUGCAGCGGUUGCGCCGGCUGCUCCGCCACCACCUUCUCACCCAACACAUCCUCCACUUACGGGUCGUUGGAUUGCUCCGUGCCCCAGUGCACUCAGGUCCGCGGGUUCCAGUGCCCCACCGUCGGGUCCGGCGGGUGCUUCUUCAACCAAUCCUACGGCGGAGACUCGUCCUUCUCGGCCACCCUCGUGAAGGACUCCCUCACUUUGGGUAAAGAUGUCGUUCCGAAUUAUGCUUUCGGGUGCAUCGGUGCGGUCUCCGGCGGGUCGAUCCCGCCCCAAGGGUUGUUGGGUCUGGGCCGGGGCCCCUUGUCAUUGUUGUCCCAAACCGGAUCGCUCUACUCUGGCGUAUUCUCUUAUUGCCUACCCAGUUUCAAAUCUUACUACUUCUCCGGCUCUCUCAAACUCGGCCCCGUGGGACAACCCAAGAGUAUCCGGACCACUCCCCUCCUCCGUAACCCCCACCGUCCAUCCCUCUACUACGUCAACCUCACGGGCAUAAGCGUGGGCAGGGUCCUGGUGCCCGUGGACCCGAAAUUCCUCGCCUUCGACCCCGAUACCGGGGCCGGGACCAUAAUGGACUCGGGCACGGUCAUAACGCGGUUCGUGGAGCCCCUGUACAACGCGACGCGGGAUGAGUUCCGCAAGCAAGUGCAGGGCCCAUUCUCGAGCCUGGGAGCUUUCGACACGUGCUUCACGGCCUCCAGCGGGGCGACGGCGCCAGUGAUCACGUUCCACUUCCCGGAUCUGGACCUGAAGCUGCCGCUGGAGAACAGCUUGAUACACAGCAGCUCGGGCUCGCUAGCGUGCUUGGCGAUGGCUGCGGCGCCGAACAACGUGAACUCGGUGCUGAAUGUCAUAGCCAAUCUGCAGCAGCAGAACUUGAGGAUCAUGUACGACGUGACCAACUCUCGGAUGGGGAUUGCCCGUGAGCUCUGCAACUAGUUUGCUCGAGAUGAGCUGAGUGUGACAUAUAUUAUCUUUCCCUACUUCUCUCUCUCUCUCUCUCUCCCCUUAGAUGUGAAAUUGCAACAGUGAUUGCGCCCGUUGGAAAAACAAGGUGCUGCAGUUAGUAAGGCGUGGAUGAAUUUUGGUGUUGUUGGGUACGAUGUUGUCUCGUGAAUGGAUCCAGUUUGUGUGGUUGAAUGAGAAGCACUAAACUAGCGAUUCGUGUCUUGAGUUUUAA